AUGAACCUAGCUUUCCAGUUUGAGAGUGAGUUUACUGCAGUGCAGGUCCUCCGCUGUUGGUUCUGUAUCAAGCUCAUGUUAAUUGAAUAUCUUUCAUAUAAAAAAACUGCCGUGGUGCGGCAGGGUACUGAUUUAAGAGUAACAGACGGACUUGAUCACACUCCAUCAGAUCAAUGUUUUCCUCCAGAUGAUGACCAAGCGGUUUUCUGGAUAAAAGUGAAACUUGGUGCAGAGUAUAGCGUGACAUCCGUAACGGCAAUAAACCAUGUUGGUGCAGAUACACUGAAUGGAACGGUGGAUGCUGAGAUACGCAUCGGUAAUAACAUAAAUUAUAUGCGUACAGAAAGCAUGUGUGGCAACCCAGUAUCCCAAAGUGAUGUGAGCAGUAGCGCUAUCCUUGACUUCAAAUGUGUGCCUGCACUAAAAGGCAAAUAUGUCAUGAUCUGGCUCCCAAGUGGAGAAAAAAAGUUACACAUCUGUGAAAUUCGUGUAUACGGAUAUCUUGAAGCGGAAGAUAGACAGGUUUCAGCAAAUCUGUGUUACUCCUCAAAACACCUACAACUAACCUCUGGAAUCGUAAGCAAAAUAAACAGAGUAUAUACUGAAGAGAUGUACAUCAGGGUCCAAGAAAUGAUAAUGCCCAAAAUACCAAUCAACGGGCAGCUUACAUUCGAACAUUCAAUGACCAUCGCAUUUGACAUUUAUCCUUACCCUGACUCAAACGGUCCAAUCAUAGUACUUGGUGACACGUCUGCCAAAUUCGAAAUUAUCCAGAUGAAGUCUGAAGUUGGCUUGUCUAAUUCUGAAGUAUCCGUUUCAUAUGCGGGCUCUGUGAUCACGAGCGCCAAUAUUCUGUUGCCUGAGACUUGGACAUUCCUAGCGGUCACUUUCGACGUAUCGAUCCAAACACUUUCUCUCUGGAGGGACGGUGAAAUUGCAAGUAUGUCUACGACUAACUUCUAUAAUUUUGGCUUCAGUUUCGAUCAGUUUGAAUUUGGAAAUAAUGCAGCAAACUUCGAUGGCGUUCAUGCCAAUGUCAGUUGGUUACAGGUCUAUGACCGUGUCUUGGAUGAAUUUGAGAUGAAAGAAGUUCAGAACAAAGACGUGUCAAAGUGUCAAAGUUUGUUCCAGACUGCCAAAAAGCACGAAACCUUCGAAUCUGAGCCCACUGGAGUCCGGUACCAAACAAAAUCAAUCAUCGAAUGCGCUCUCACAUGUAGACAUAGUUCUCAGUGUUACUCAUUUCAAUACAACUUCGGGUCUAAAAUCUGUGAGCAUCAAGCGUAUGAAAACCAGUACUCAACUCUUGGACAUGGAAAUGAUGUUUACUAUUCGUGGAUAACCUAUGUACAUUGACAACUCUAGGCCUACACUUAAGCUUGCUUUUUCUUAGCAAGUGAUGUCAAGGGAACAGCAAUAGUGAUAGAUGGGUUCUGGCGCAUUUCCACCCAGCAUUUUACCAUCCGGCCUUUUACUACCGGGCCGUUACCUACUCCAACAAUUAUAAUGUAGUUUAAAUGUUAUACAUGAGGGGCAACCUUUUCUUGAAUUCAUAAUUCCACAAAUAAAUAUAUAGAAUGAUUUUUUUAUACAAGAUAUGUUUUCUUAAAAACCUAAUGUACACCAAGAAAAGUAAAAAUUAGUUAUUCUUUUAGCACACCUUGACAGUU